CGCUUGGAAGGAGAAGGAACCAAAUUGUCUCCACAUCGGUCCUCCGCAAUCUGCAUGCUCACUUUGGCAGUACGUGGAUGGAAACAAGGGGAGUUAUGGAGGAACCAACAAUUUUUGAAAAAUUUUGGCGUUGGAGGCUAAGAGAAAGUCCAGAAUUUGCAACAGCUAUCGGAAUCCACACAUUCGAUGAGUAUCUAGACAAUUUAAGCGCUUCAGCAUUUGAACGGAGAGUAGAAGAAGUCACCAGUCUGCUUAGUGAACUCAUUAAGGAAAAGACAAAAUGUGUCGAUAAACAACUACUUAUGAACUACAAUCUACUGCAGUCAGAAAUCGAGCAGUAUCUAGAGGGAAUGAAGUUCAAAUCUUUUCUCUUCCCAUUGAAUCAGUUAGAAGGCCCACAUGUUGAUUUUCCUCGCCUUAUUUCUUGGAUGAAAACCGAGACUGUUGAUGACUACAGAAAGAUCCUCGCCAGGUUUGAACUCUUUCCUGUUCAGAUUGAACAGCUUAUAGAGCUUUUAAGACAAGGAGUUCAGGAUCAUUUUACAAUGGCAGCUGAAUCCAUCGUUUCAGUACCUAAGAUGCUAAUGGCUGCUGCCAACACACCUAUCAAAGAUUCAAGACUGUUCAAGCCAUUUCUCAACUUCCCUCACACAAUUGAUAAAAAGGAGCAAGAGAAACUGCAAGCAUCUUCAGAGAAACUGCUUGCUGAAAAAGUUUUUCCAAGUUAUCUAAAGAUUGCAAAGUUCCUUGAGAAAGAGUACAUUCUUUAUGUGAGAGAAAAACCUGGGGUUGGUUGCCUCAAACAUGGUUUAAAGUAUUACCAAGAGUGCUUAAACUUUCACACAUCAACAAGCCUUACCCCAGAAGAAAUUCAUAGCAUUGGAAAUAGAGAAGUGAAUCAAAUAAAAGAGAAAAUGAAAAAAGUGAUGAAAAAAGUUGGAUUUGUAGGUAAUUUACAGGCAUUCCAACAUUUCUUGAAGUCUGAGCCACAGUUUCAUUUUAAAGAUGAGGCUGACAUUUUUUCAACUUACAAAAAGAUUGCUUCAAAAAUCAAACCUCUUCUGUGUCAAGUUGUCAAACAUGUCCCAAGUCAGUCAUAUGUGAUAGAACCAGUUCCAAAGGAUGUGGCACCAGGGUACCCUGGAGCCUACUACUUAAACCCUUCUAUUGAUGGCACAAGGCCUGGAACAUUUUAUCUAAAUACAUAUAAGGUAGAGGAAAGAUCAAACAUUGAAUGUGUUUCAUUGUCACUGCAUGAAGCAGAACCAGGACACCAUCUACAAUGCUGUUAUGCAAUGGAACAAAAGGAGCUGCCAGAUUUCAGAAGGUAUAUUGAGGAUAGGGUAUAUUAUCAAGCGCCAGGGAGGUUUGCUCUAAAUACUGCAUACUUGGAGGGUUGGGGUCUUUACAGUGAAUACCUAGGGGAAGAACUUGGACUGUAUGAAAAUCAAUAUGAAUUCUACGGAAGACUCUCUCAUGAAAUGCUACGUGCUUGCCGUCUUGUUGUUGACACUGGUGUGCAUGCAAUGAACUGGAGCCGUCAAGACUGCAUAGAUUAUAUGUCACAGAAUACUGCUAUGGCACAGACUGAUAUUAUUGCUGAAGUUGAUCGUUAUAUCACAUGGCCAGGGCAAGCAUGUGCAUACAAGAUUGGCGAAAUAAAGAUAAAACAGCUGCGUUUAAAAGCCCAAGAGCAGCUAGGUGAAAAGUUUGAUGUAAAGGAUUUUCAUGGGCUUAUUCUUAGCCUUGGUGCCGUCCCACUAAAGGUGUUGGAAGAGGCUGUGGACAAAUAUAUAAACCAAGCUUGAAACAGGCAAAAAUAUAAAGAAAGGAUGUUUGGAAAAAUUUUGCAAUGAGAAUAUUUUAAUUGCAAUUAAAUCAGUCUCAUCAAAGAUAAUUAUAAAAAUAAUAUAUAAAACUAGUAACAUCUGAAUUACACCUUUGAAUAGCUAAUCAAUCAGUUAGAGUUUACAUUCAUCAUAUAACAUUUUUGUCUUCUAUUUGACCAAAAAAAGUAUCAUAAUGUCUAUUUUUACAUGAUUGUCAAUUCAAACAGUUUUAUUUGUAAUGAUCCUCUUUUUAGAAUCUCUACCAGAGAUUUUUAGAAUCUUUUAGAAUCUUGAUAAACCCCCAUCCUUAUGUAUUUUGCACACGAGUGCUACAAGGAAAAUAAUUGUGUUGUGAAAUAAGAUCUUUUUGUAAAGAAUUAAACUCAUCGUUGUGAGAAUUAUUGUA